UCAAGGAUAGAGGUACUGGCAGCAAGAUAAACUUUUGUGACAAGGCGUUAAGGAGGGUCCUUGAAGAUUAAGUACGGCUAUGUGGCAGCGAAGCCGCUUUAAAGUAACGAUGCUUUCAUUCCUGAUCUUCACUGCUGGAAUCCUUGUCGUUAUGGGCACUACGGACGACCCAUGUUUGACGGCGAAGGAAAUCUACGAACCACGACGCAGCACAGAGUAUGUUACUCCCCAACACAGCUCCAACAAGACGAGUGAUACAUACAGGCCAGAGGGCUGGUACCGCUUCACCCAUAUGAAUGGGAUGAUGCCCACGGUCUGUGUGGAGGCCUUUCGCUGCGGUACAGACACACCCAUAUGGAUGGAUGGGACACACCCGGCAGUUGGAGAUGGCGAGGUCGACCGUGUUGCGUGCUCAAACCUUGGCUUUCCCGGUGACUGCUGCCCUUCUACGUACAACAUCAAGGUGAAGGCGUGCGGCCCAGCAGGAAACCCCUUCUACGUCUACAGACUGGUACCGACAAUUUAUCACGAUGCUUACUGCGCAGGAAACACUGCACCUUGCCCAGAUGGUCUAGAAUACAACGUGUUUCAUGACCGCUGUGGACCUGUCAUCCCAGCCAUAACCGAGAUCCCUGUCCUACACCCACCUGAAGUCAGGAACAAUACGGUGGAGUUUGACUGUGAGGUCAAGUACCCAGAAGAUCCCCUAGCGCAGUUUGAAGUGGCGUUUUUGUUUGACAACGAGUAUUUUUCUGAGGUACCGAACAAGACCCUUACAGCUGGGCAGAGGCGUGCAACUCUGGACGCAAAAUACUUGGGCGAAUACAAGAUAGGUGUAGAUCAGCAGAAGCACUGGGAUUCAAAGAUGGGCAAAGAUGUUUCAUGCAUCGUGAGAUCUUUCUGGGAAUCAACGCCAUCUAUAAAAAGUGCAUGGUCGCAAAGCGGUUCAUACUUUGCAGGAAUCCAGGCUGAAACCCAUCGGGUUGUGGUGGAUGAGGCACAGAUGACAUUUGAACUGGAAGUGACUAAUUCAGUACCAUUUGUCUGCCGACCAAAUAGUGCACACUGUUUUAUCGACAUACCGUUCGCUUUCAAUGAGAACGCUGGGGACAUCGCAGCUGGAGAUGCCUGUGGAUUGAGACUUACUAAAUCCGAAUGGUCACGAGGUAAUAUCACAAUGGUUGCUGUGAAGGAUGGACAGCAGGAUGGUAACAAACAGAUGUACAUCAACUUUGGGGUGCUCAGGAUAUCUCCUUUGGGCCUGUCAAAUCCUCACAUCUUUAAUGGCUACAAACCGGAUUUUGAUAUUCAGGUUCAAACCAUAGACACAGUUGAGGCUACAUGCACAUCUUCUGGAGACCCUCACAUCGUCAUGUUUGAUUCAGUGAGUGGUGCUUGGAACAAACAGGCCCAUGUUAUCCUGCCAGGAGAGUUUGUCUUCUAUAGAAGCACGGCUGCAGAUCGCACAUUUGAGGUGCAAUCACGUCACAAACGGUGCAGUGGGGAAAUCUCCUGUAACUGUGGUGUAGCUGUUCGAGAGGGGAACGAUGCUGUGAUCAUAGAUAAGUGCCACAACAUCUACGGUGCUGCAAGUGUCCGGUACCUGACUGCAAACGAUAAUGGUGAACUUUCACCAGGAUUUAUUGUAGAGAGAGACGGCAAUGGGAAACAAUUCAAGGUGAUUAUGCCAUCUGGAGCCUUCGUCGAGGCGACAGGAUCUAGCUGGAUGACCAUAAGCGCCCAUGCGCCGGGGGUGGACAAGGGGCACACGGAGGGAAUCUGUGGAUUUUUCGACGGUGACCCUGACAAUGACCUGAGGAUGCCUGACGGAACUACAGCUAGUCACCACAUCUGGCCGGACUGGCACAGAGACUUCUCUCACGCCUGGCGAAUAACACCAGGAACAAGCCUUUUUGACGUAGACUGCUUGGAGGAAGUGGGCAAUGGUAUUGCGGGCGUGAGGUUUUGUGAAUGCCCUACCGGUGGAAAUGCGCUUUGUGACUUUACAAAAACACGCAGAGUCAGCAGCAGGUACAGACCAUUUGCACCUCCCCAAUCAGCAAGAAACCGCAACUGCCACAGGAGGAGGAGAAACGUGAAAAACAUCGAGGACGAUCCACUGCUCUAUAAUGAUGACGUGGACCUUACUGACUACGUGUUUGACUAUGGAGAAGGCUCUAAUCCUGUUGUCAACAGCGUUUGGCCAACUCCUAAUAAAGGAAUCACAGAGCAGGACGCGAGAUCUGCGUGUCAGGGAGCCAUUAUGAACCUGACUAUCGCCCAAAGCUGCAGGGACAUUUACAAUGUCGACAUCUUCUCAGGCGUGGACUUCUGUAUGGCUGAUAUAAAGGUCACAGAAGAAUUCGACUACGUAGACAUCAUAGUGCAGCAGAUCCAGGCAGAUUGCGCAGAAAAAGCCUACAAGGAGGUCAGUCUGUACGAAACCAAUGAAGACGGCACGGCAGUACCCCCAACCUUCAUCACGGCAAACCUGUGUCCACGUCAGUGUAGCAACAACGGCCAGUGUGUGAACGGUACCUGUAAGUGUAACGAGGCAUACGUGUCGGAAGACUGCUCCAUCCAAGUUGGCAGGCCUCCCGUUGCUCUCGCUCUCCCCGCCGAGGGUCUCUGUGACGUCCGGACACGUCCCUGUAUGAAAACCUCGUUCUUUGCUGAGGGACUGAUGGAUUCUGAGAAUCUCACCUGUAGAGUAACUCACGUCAAGAUUGAAGAUGGGCAAAAGAUUCCUGAAACCUCUAGCGGCAGGUCUGGAGCAGAGUUCAGGAGUUUUGGGGAGGUGGCAUGUAUCCUUCCCCGGUCACCUGUACGUUACGGAACACCUGCUACUAACGAAGGCGCAGUGGCUCAUGGGAUGCUGGUCUCCGUCAGUAACGAUGGAGAACGGUUCAGUGGGGAGUUGUUCUUCACGGUGUACGACUCUGUCUGUCAGGAGUGUACUGAAGGAGGUGACUGCCUGUGGAAGCAAAACACGUGCAACAUCCGAGGACACUGCUUUGGGGAUGAGGAACCAGAUCCCAACAACUGGUGUCUACAAUGUCUGCCUCAAUUUUCAAACACGACCUGGUCCAACAGGCAAAAUAACAGCCCACCGUCUUUCACCACCUCAUCGACCAUCACAAAGCUUCCCGAUGAAAACCUGACCAUGGCCCUGAGCGCUGUAGACCCAGAAGGCAGACCUUUGACCUUUAGUCUCGUGACAUCAGGAGAUCCAGGCGUUACUGUGAAGCCAGACGGCAUGCUGACGUGGAUAGGAGACUUCACAACAACGUUCGACAUCAGCAUCACUGUUCAGGAUGAGUGUGGUUCAUCAGCAGAGCAGACGUUUCAGCUGACGACCACAACGUGUGACUGCCAAAAUGGAGGACUGUGUGUUCCUGAUCCCGACGAGCCUCGCGGCCAAGGCUACUACAGCUGUGUCUGUCCAGGGUACACCGGGCAACUGUGCGAAACAGAAAUUGACGAAUGUCAAUCAAACCCAUGUUCAAACGGAACCUGUAUUGACUAUGUGAAUGGCUACAACUGCACCUGCGCGGAAGGAUACAUUGGUAUUAAUUGUGAUGUGAGUGUUAAUAAUAAAUGUGCCCUGGAGCCAUGCUUCCCAGGGGUCUCUUGUGUUAACCUGCAGGACGGAGGUUACCAGUGUGGUAGAUGCCCUCCUGGCUUCCUCGGCAACGGAUUUGAGUGUGAAGAUAUAAACGAAUGUGAUCUGAUUAACCACGGCUGUCCACAUCUUUGCGAGAAUCUACCGGGAACGUACGAGUGUACCUGUCCAGAAGGACUAUCACCGGUUGGUGAUCUUUGCACGGAUUUGGAUGAAUGCAAGUUGGAGCUGGAUGACUGCUCCCAUAUUUGCACAAACACCAACGGAUCCUACACCUGCGGAUGUCCACCCGGUUAUGUACUUGGUACUGAUGCAAGAGCGUGUGAAGAGGUCAAUGAAUGCACCAGCUCGCCUUGCCAACAUGGAGGUCGUUGUCAAGAUGACGUCAACCAGUACAGCUGUUCUUGCACCCAUGGUUGGACCGGAUCGCAUUGUCAAGAUGAUGUGGAUGAAUGUUACCUGAUAAAUCACGGUUGUGAGUACCAGUGCCAAAACACACCGGGCAGUUAUGUCUGUGUAUGUCCAGAGGGAUACACUCUUGACGACGAUGGUAAAUCGUGUGAAGGUCCAGAUGCAACAACAUCACACCCAGAAGCAAUAACUUCCUCCGAGCCUUACCGACUGGAGACAACAGUAAGUCAGGGGUGGAAUACACCACUUCCUGAGAAACCUGACUCAACGGAUGUGACAGAAGCUCUGAAGCCAGAGGUCACCAGUACUUUCCUUACAACAACACGACUACAUUCGGAGCACCAUACUGAAGGCAUUAAUGGUGAUGACUGUAGAAGCAAUUCCUGUCCAGACGAAGUAAACCAGGACUGCGUUGAAGUAGAGGGUUCAUUUGUUUGCAAGUGCGUUCCCGGCUACUAUGUGUUGGAGGAUGGCAAGGAAUGCAAAGAAUCUAUGACGUUAAAUGCAGAGGUGACCAUCUCCCACAUCGGCACCAAUGAAGCGGUUUUCACAGAGAACGGUCUGGGUGAUCCGGAAUCAGAGGAGUUCAGCACAACUGCAGUGGCAGUGGAAACUGCUAUAAAUGAAAUCCUUACAACUAGCGACGUGGAGAAUCAGUACAAAGGCUGUAAGGUCACGGGAUUUCGAUCAGGAAGUGUCAUCGUCCUUUUUGGUAUCCACCUUUCUGGGGAAGCGACUGUCUCCGCCAGUGAGAUCAGAGACAUCAUGUACGCAGCGAUUCAGCUCAACAACAAUACCUUAGGUUCCGGUGGAUCAAUGCUGGUGAUACCAGCUUCCAUUCAGGUUUCUGAAGCUAUCCCCAAUGAGGACACGCCAUGGUACAGGAACCCUCUCUACCUGGUGCUCCUUUGCGUCGGACUCGCAACGGUGGUCACAGUCGGUUUAGUUGCCGUCUUCAUCUGGUUCGCUGGUCGUAAAAACCGCAGCUGUGCCCCUGAACCGCAGUUUGGCGAUAUCAACCUCCUCCAUUUUGAACUGGCUGCGCAAAAGCCAUCAGAUAAGCUCUACAAGUGAUUUGCAAGACAGAGUAAACGCUUGGGAGUAUUUGCCUCUGGAUGUUUUUGUUUUCAGUGUGUUAUUAUGUUUGCUUGUAUGUUGUUUCGUAUUUGCUUGCAACAGAGUGGUAGGAGAUGAGAUGGGUGUUACUGAAGGGGUAUAUUGACCUCCCCAACAUCUUGAAGAAAGGGACAAAGAUUACCUCAAAAUUAAAAGCAAUCAAGUAUGGUUUACAGUUUACGUUUCUGCUAUAUUCAUGCCGGUUUCGAAUGAAAGCCAUUAAAAAUACGCAUACAGAACAAGCAAAUUCAGUUCAAUAAGCAAGACAUCCAUAAUAUCAAAUAAAACAUGCAAUUCAUAAGUUAUAAGCACAAAAAAGAGCCCAAGUAAAAUCUUUGAUUUGUUCCUUUUUUAUCUUUUUAUCUAAUGACCGAUAUCACUAGUAUCGGGAUUUCUAGAAAUCGCAUUCAAAUAUGACCGCUUUUGACGUCAGUCAAUAGCUUUUUUUAAGUAGUUUGCCGUUACAGCAAUUGAUGUCAACUAUUGAUGUAAAUAUCAUAGAACUAUAGGAAUAAAAUUUUAUGAUUGUUAUGGUGUGUUUCUACUACUCAUAUGUGGUGUUAUUUUGUUGUGAACUGCUUUAUCUUCAGGCUACAAAAAUGUAUCAUUCGUGAAAUACUGUGAUGCUUUAUUUUCUAUUUUGACAUGGUAGUAUGGACUUUUUAAUGGCAAAAUCGAUCCUUAUUUUGAUUUGGGAUAUCCGCAAACUAGGUAUGGGUGUUAAGUAACAGUUUCCUUAUUUUUAUUUGUAAUGUUUCCUGGUAUAAAACCUAUUCAUGAUCUUGUUCUUGUAUUAUGACAAUCUACAUCGACUAGCUUAAGCAAUGUCAAUGACCAAUCUAAAAUUGCAAUUGAAAGGUUUGCAUUUGCGUUUGUAAGCAAAUACUAGCAAUAAUGAAAUAAAUUUUUGUGUUGUUCAUAUCAAUACGGUAUUGCUGAUUUGUCAAUAACAAGACAAACAAUCUUGUUGGAUGUUUUUCUUGAUCUUGUUUCUCUUCUGUAUGAGCAACUCUUAGCAUUUUUGACAAUGUCGUCUUUUAUGUACAUCUCUAAACAGCCAAGACUAUGACCAGCGACCUUUCGCCUGCUUGUCUGGUAACAAAUAGCGUUGCACCUCUGGCAAAUGCCUGAAAAAACUGUAAUUUUUUUGCUCGUUUAAUCCUGGGCAUAAUUAAAGUU